ACAUUAAUAAUAAAAGUAAUAAUAAUAAUAAUAAUCGAAAUAAUAAUAAUAAUAACGUUAUUAACAAUAAUAAUAUUAAUAAUAACAAUAAUUGGGUAAAUAAUGUGUCGAAAACAAACUUAUUAGACGGGACAGAGACCCGGAGCCCACUUUUUGGCUGUCAUUUAGAUGAGAUACAGGCGUCAAACAGUGGGUUCGCAUUACCGGCUUUUAUUGAGAAGUGUUUGCUCUUCUUAUCGCGAAAAGGGAUCAAAUCUGUGGGCAUUUUCCGCAAAUCUGGCGUAAAGUCUCGUAUAAUGAGUUUGAGAGAUGAGGCACAGAAUGGAAGUGCUGUCGACUUCUCUAAUGUCUGUGUCUAUGAUAUCGCAGAUGUGACUAAACUAUGGUUUAGAGAAAUUGUUGACCAAAACAGCAAAAAACCAAAACAACUGCUCUCUCAACAAAUCAUCACAUCUUUCAAACAAAACAAGAAAGAGUUCACAUUGUGUGCCAUCCCUGACAUCCAGAGAUGUGUCCUCCAAAUAAUCCUCAGGUUUUUAGCCCUCAUAUCCAGUCAUUCAGAUGUGAAUCAAAUGAAUAGUCAUAAUCUGGCCAUUUGUUGGACACCAUCUCUAUGUGAAUGCGAUGGCGAUCAGCAACUGUUUGACGCCCAGAAGUGCCUCGAAUUCUGUAUCGAUAGCUGUCCCACACUUUUCAUCAUUUCAGUCAACACGUACUCACUUUCAAGUCCUGACACAGACUGUCCACUCCCUCACAAACACGAGGCCACAGCUGUUGUCGAGUGCGGACCUAACGAUAUAUUAAACCGUAUUCUUUACGAGAGGCAUUCAAUCGAUCCGACAAUCAUUGAGUGGAGUAUUAGUGAAGAGUUGUCUACAAAUAGCGAUACGUUUAUAAUGAGACUACAGUCCAGUGCUUUCCUUCCCAUCAAAACCAUUGUGAUUGAGAGGAAGUGGAGGAUUAAUAGUCUCAAUAAUAUUGAGAUCAUAGAAAGCGGUUACUUAUAUGAGUCGCGUUGGUCUGUCUCAGCACAGGGCGAGGGACGCACUCUCGUCGCUCAUAUGAUUUCCCUCGAUCUCAGGAUACUGUCUAAGAUAAACAUAGAGACAAAGUUAGACCAAUUUUUAAAACCCGGCCCAAACCCUUAA